GGCUCAGUGUGUCGGUGUCAAUGUGUCUGUCCUUCACUCCUCCAUUGUCUGCCGCCGCCACUGCCGCCUCCUCCGCUGCCGGAAUCGUCGCAGCCUCCAGCCUCGCGCGUCGCCGCUACCUCCUCGGACAGAAAUUUUAUGAAUAAGCAUCAGAAGCCAGUGCUAACAGGCCAGCGGUUCAAAACUCGGAAAAGGGAUGAAAAAGAGAAAUUCGAACCCACAGUCUUCAGGGAUACACUCAUCCAGGGGCUUAAUGAGGCUGGUGAUGACCUUGAAGCUGUAGCCAAGUUUCUGGACUCUACAGGCUCAAGAUUAGAUUAUCGUCGCUAUGCAGACACACUCUUCGAUAUCCUGGUGGCUGGCAGCAUGCUUGCCCCUGGAGGAACACGCAUAGAUGAUGGUGACAAGACUAAGAUGACCAACCACUGUGUGUUUUCGGCAAAUGAAGAUCACGAAACCAUCCGAAACUAUGCUCAGGUCUUCAAUAAACUCAUCAGGAGAUAUAAAUACCUGGAAAAAGCAUUUGAGGAUGAAAUGAAAAAGCUUCUCCUCUUCCUUAAAGCCUUUUCUGAAACAGAGCAGACGAAGUUGGCAAUGCUAUCGGGGAUCCUGCUGGGCAAUGGCACCCUUCCUGCCACCAUCCUCACCAGUCUCUUCACUGACAGCUUAGUCAAAGAAGGCAUUGCGGCCUCCUUUGCUGUCAAGCUUUUUAAAGCAUGGAUGGCAGAAAAAGAUGCCAACUCUGUUACCUCUUCUUUGAGAAAAGCCAACAUAGACAAAAGGCUGCUUGAACUCUUUCCAGUUAACAGACAGAGUGUGGAUCAUUUUGCCAAAUACUUCACUGAUGCAGGUCUGAAGGAGCUUUCCGACUUCCUCCGAGUCCAGCAGUCCCUGGGCACCAGGAAGGAACUCCAGAAGGAGCUCCAGGAGCGACUUUCUCAGGAAUGCCCUAUCAAGGAGGUGGUGCUCUAUAUUAAAGAAGAAAUGAAGAGGAAUGAUCUUCCAGAAACAGCAGUGAUUGGACUUCUGUGGACCUGUAUCAUGAAUGCUGUUGAAUGGAACAAGAAGGAGGAACUUGUUGCAGAGCAAGCCCUCAAGCACCUGAAGCAAUAUGCUCCCCUCUUGGCUGUGUUCAGCUCCCAAGGUCAGUCAGAGCUGAUUCUCCUCCAGAAGGUUCAGGAAUAUUGUUAUGACAACAUCCAUUUCAUGAAAGCCUUUCAGAAGAUUGUGGUUCUCUUUUAUAAAGCUGAUGUCCUGAGUGAAGAAGCGAUAUUAAAAUGGUACAAAGAAGCACAUGUUGCCAAAGGCAAAAGUGUUUUUCUUGACCAGAUGAAGAAAUUCGUUGAAUGGUUACAAAACGCAGAGGAAGAUGGACAUCCAGUUUUACCAGCACCGUUUGUUAAAAAUACUGUCUUUUCCCCAUUUGAUGAACUUUGGGACUUUGUCGAAGAUCAGGUGACCAUAGGUGAAUAGAUUUACAUCUGGAUUCUCAAUUAUGUCCCAUCGGUCAAUGUGUCUGUUGUUGUACCAGUACCAGGCUGUUUUGAUAGCCCAUGGAUUAUUUAGAAGUGCAAACUUUAAUUUCCAAAUAGUUAAUUUUUCUAGAUAUCUUCUUGUUAUUGCUUUCUAAUUUAAUUUAGUUGUGGUCAGAGAUCAUACGCAAUAUGACUUCAAUGCUUUUAAAUUUAUUAAGACUUGUUUUAUCACCCAGCAUAUGUUCUAUCUUGGUGAACGUACUAUGUGCAAUUGCUGGAUCGAGUAUUCUAUGAAAAUCAAUAGAUAGUCGAUUGGUAGUUGUUCAGGGAUUCUGUGUCUUUAAUUUUUUUUUUUGUCUAGUAUCAAUUGCUGAGAAAGGGGUAUUAAAAUUUUCAACAAUUGAUAGUAAAUGAUUUCUGUUUAAUUUGGCCAAUUUUUGCUUCACAUAUUUGGAAGCUCUGUUAUUAGAUGCAUGCACACAUUUAUGAUUGUUGUGUCUUUUCACAAACUAACCUUUUUAUCAUUAUGAGGUAGUCCUCUUUACCCCUGGUAAUAAUCUUUGCCUUGAAGUCAACUUUAUCUGAUAUUAGUAUAGCCAUUCUAGCCUUCUUAAGCAUACAAUUUGCAUGGUAUAACUUAUUUGAUGCAUUUACUUUCAACCUAUCUGUGUCUUUAUAUUAAAGUAUGACUUUUGUACAUAGCAUAUAAUUGGGUCUUGCUUUUAAAAAAGUCAUUGUGAUAAUCUCUGCCUUUUAAAUGAGCAUUUUGGUCCAUUACUGAUAUGAUUGAAUUUAGGUGUAUAAUUUAAUUUUUUUUGCCUGCUUGUCCUUUCUGUUUUUUAUUCUUAUCUUCCUCCUUUCCUGCCUUCUUUUUGGUUUAAUUGAAUAAUUUUUAGAACUCCAUUUUUGAAUUUAUCUAUUCCCUUUAAAUUGUAUGUCUUUAUAUUAUCUUUUUAGUGGUUCCUCUGGAGAUUAAAAUAUGCAAACUUAGCAUAUCAUAGUCUAGUUACAGUUAACAUUAUAACACUGCAGAAAAUAUAAAUACCUUACAACUGUACAGAUCUGUUUACCCUUUCCCCAUCCUUUAUGUUAUAUAUAUGUAUGUAUAGGGUCACUAUGAGUCGGAACCGACUUGACUCCUAACAACAACAUACAUACAUGUAUAUUAUAAACUCCAUAAUGUGAUAUUAUAAUUUAUUUUAAAAAUUCCAGGCCUUUUAUACUUAAGAAAAAACAUUUUAUAUGUAUCCAUUUAUUUACCAUUUCCAGUGUUCUUCUUCCUUCUUGAAGAUCUGAGUUUCCUCCUGGUAUCAUUUCUUUUCAUUAUAAAAAGUAGCAACAUCGAAACCCCCUUUUUAGAAUUUCUUGUAGUGUAAAUCUGCUGGCAACAAAUUAUCUUAGUUUUCUCUUAUUUCUUUAUAAUUAUUUUGCUCAUAUAAGUAAAGAAUAUUUUAUUUACCCAGCAUGGUUUACAGUUUUUAUCUCUCAGCACUUUAAACAUAUUGUUCUACUCUAUUUUGGCCUCCUUUUUUUCUGAU